ACGCACAAAAUGGCGAUUGGAGUCGAUACUUCGAAGUGGAAACCUAGAAAAAUAAAAGGAACACCUGCUGCUAAAGUGAGAAAUAUCCUUGCAAUUGGUGCAAUAUCUUUUGGACUUGCCUGUGGUGUAUUUUUUCAUUUUACAAGUGUCACAGAAGGGAUAAGAAAAGCAGUGGAUGUUUUAUACGAGGAUCCUAUAGAAGAAGUAGAGAGAAAACGCAUGAUUGCCAGCGGUUUACCGAACAGAAGCGCAGAAACAAUACGAAAACUUAUGAAAGAGAACGAGCGACCAGAUUUACCGUACAAAUAGGUGGUAGCAUGAGUGUUUAUAACUCUAAAAAAAGCACUAAUUUGAUUCAAACUGAAGUGAGGAGUAAAUAUUUUACUAAUAAAACUGGCAUGGAUGAAAGUCUUUCUGACUUUCAGGAGAAGAAAAAAAGUUGUUGUGGUCCAAAAACUACUCAAGUUGCUAAAGCAAAACCAAAUAAAAGAAUUAAACGGAUUAAAGGACAGAAGGAUAUAAGAAGCAUUCUGAAAUCCAAAAAAAUUGAAUUGGUCGCAUAUAGUAGUGACUUUGACAAGAUUUGUAAACAAUCUGGACUUGAUGUAGACUCUGAACAGCUGCAAACAGCUAUUGCAUUAUCUAGGUCACUGCAGGAAACUGAGAACUUCGGAGAAAAUACACCACAAAGUUCAAAAGUUCUCAGCUCCCAAGAACGAAUUGGCAAAAUCCGCACAACUCUUCAGGAAUACGGGUUCAAAGUUCCUGAGAUCAAAAUCACGGAAACUAAAAGUAGAAAAUUAAAAAGAUCCAGGAAAAAUUAUAAAUUAUUGCUAACUACAGCCAUUGAAAAACAACAAAUAAUAUCUGAUAGGUAUUCUCAUGUUUUAAUUCAGAACCUUGACUGUAUAAGACAAGUUGAAAGUGCAGAAGAUGUUAUUCCAUUCUGUUAUGAAAUAGCUACUAGAGUUGCAUAUGAACAGAUAAGAGACAAUAAUAUAUUUUACAUUGAAGGACUUAUUAAAAGAAAUCCAAAUAGUGUAGGUAGUUUACUAAGAGACUGGUCUAAAAUUCCAGGUAGACCAUCUAGCCCUAAAACUGAACAUUCUGAAGUAGUUUUUAAUGAUAUCAAUUGUAAUCAAGAAGAAUUAGAUUAUGUUCUCAGUGGACCUUUAAAACUAGCCCAAGAGUUAACAAAAAAUAAAUAUAAUGUAAUGAGCAGUGGCUAUAAUGUAAAUAUUUUUGAAAGUAACUCUGAAACUUCACAAGAUAUUUGUACACAAAGUAACAUAAUGGAAGCAAAGGUAAUCAAUCCUUCAAAAAUGGAAGUAGAAAUAAUAACUAUUGAUGACCAUGAACACAGUCCAAAUACAAGAGAAAACAGGCAACAAUCAGACAUAGAAGUAAUAGACAAUAACACUCCAACACUAUUGGUCACACGAAAUACACGUCGAGUUGAAUGCAGUUCACCGGAUAUUUUCGAUGAUGAAGUAUCAACUAUCAUUGACAAUAAUUGUUCUAACAAAAUUGUUGUUUCACUAGAAAUACCUAAAGAUUCUACUAAUAUAGAUGUGGAUGUGAUGGACUUAACUGAAUGCAUACAGAUAGGUUCACAAAAGAAUUUAAUUGAUUCUUCUAUAAAGGAAAAACCCUGUUUUCAAUUAUCUCAAGACAAUACUAAAAGGAAGUCAAACGACUUUAUGGAACUCACAAAUGUAGUUGGAUCUUCGCAACCUUUUAGACAAAAUAAUAUUGAAGAAAACAUUGAUCUCACUCAAAAUUCUGACCAUGAAAAUGAGUUAACAGCUGAAAAUAAAGAUUUAAAACAGAAACACAUUGAAAUGGAUUUAACACAAUCUUCUGAUUCAGGUGAUGAUCUGCCAUUUGUUCAGGUUGGCGGUACGCAAACUUCCGAUGAUACUGUUAUUAUUAGUGAAGAGACGUAUUUUGGAGCUCAGGAAGACCCUAGAAAUUCCAGCCCUGUUAUUGAUUAUUUAGACAAUAACAUAAAGACUAACGAUGAAAGCGAUGUAAACAAAGAAUUAAAAGUUACACCAAAGAACGAUACAAAUUAUGUACGAGCGACAAUUUCAAGAAACCUAAAUUCACUUAAUACAUAUAAUCCUCUAAAUGAAGCAUCUUUAGAUAGUAAAAACAAAGUUAUAAAUAAUGAAGUUCAUUAUAUUAUAACUGUAAACAGCAGUAGUGAUACUGUACAGAGUGAGAGUAUACAAUCUACAGAAUCACCACUUGGAGAAAAAAUAGAAGAUUUUCAUCAAUCAAACUCUCAAAGAUUUUUUGAAGAAUUCAUACAUCCACACUCAGAUGAAGCUAGCAUAGAAACUGAAAAUAUAAGUCAUGAAACCCCCGCUAAAUGCAAUAUUGUGGACAAACAUACUGGUAAUAAUAUGAACAUAGAUUUGACCCAAAAUUCUUAUAAUUCAUUAGUGCUUGCGAAUGUCAGUGAUGAAGAAAACGAAACACCUAAAAUAUCGUUCGAGAAUAGCAAUCUUGGGAAAAAAGACAAUGUUUCUAUUGAUUAUGAUGAGCUUUUGAAUGAGAUUGUUAGUAAAAACUCAACCGUUUCAUUUAAGGACGCUAAUGCGUCAAAAGCAAUAGUUUGUGACAUUUUUGAUGAAAACACAGGAGCUACUAAAAAAUAUUCAAAAGAAAAUAAACUAAAUUCAAGUCAAACGUCUGAAGUUUUCGAGAUAUCGGACGAAGAAUUAGAUUAUUCAGUGCAUAAGUCCAUGCUUGAUAUUAAUAAUCCUUGUGGAAAUUUUGAUUUUGGUGGCAUAUCUGUUGUAGACAACCUUCCAGAUCUCCCUAGCAUCAGACAAUCAAGGAAUCAUGAACAAUAUACUAAUAAAUCUUUAAAUCAGUCACGGAAUAAUAGUUUACUGCCAUUUGUUGAUAGAAGUGGUGUUACAGAGAACAUAAUCAAAGAAAAAGAUCUUGAAGGCACUCUUUAUGGUAUAGAAGCAUCAACGCCGUUUAAACAUAAUCUUAAUCAAGUAUUAAACAUAGAAACACCUACAAAUAGUGAAUAUGUGAUAAAAACUGAUCAAGUAACACCAAUAUUGAAUUAUGAGUCUAUGACUACACCUGAAAGAAAUAAAGAACUUGAUAAAUAUGGAUUGAAACCAUUUAAACGGAAGAGGGCGAUACAACUUUUAACACAUCUGUACAAUCAAACUCAUCCAAUCCUAGAAGCAUGCACAAGCGAAGAUAUGCAUUCACCAUCUAAAAUAGCAAAACCCAAUCUUGAAACAAUACCCAGUGUAUCUCAGAAAACUCAAAAGUCACCUGGAAAAACCAAAUCACCAAGGAAAAUUGUAGAAGAAACAGACAAAGAAAAUAAUAUUUAUGAGGAAACUAAUUUACCUAUCAUUAAAGAUAUUCAGUGUACGGAAGAAGAUUGGGUGUUUCAAAAAAGAGAAAAAGCUAAGGUCUACUCUUGCCGUGUCCCCAUACACAUAGCGUUCCACAACUAUGUGAGUUCAAGGCGUAGACUUCGAGAGGCAAUAUUACGGUACGAGCCAGUGAAUAUCGAAGAUAUACACAAGGAAAUGUCUCGGUGUGGGCAUAAAUAUGAUCCAAAGGAUCUACUAAAAUUCAUGGACAAAAAAUGCAUAACGGUGAAAACGGCGGAUAGUGCAAAGAAUAACAAGAAACAUUACUAAUUUAAUUAUGAAUACAAAAUCUACAAUUAUUACUUUAA